UGCGCAUGCGUAAUAUAUCAUGUUUUUAUGCUAAUAUUUUAACAGUCGUUUUAUUAAGAAAUUUUCAAUGUUAUAAUAUAAUAUAAGUUUUUGAUAGUGAAUAGUUUAAUAAUACGAUAAACUAAUAAUAAAAAUAAAAAUAUCAUAAUAACAAUUUUUCUAAUUUUUGGAGCUAUGGCUGGUAUUAUACUGUCUGGUAAAUCUGGUAGAAAACAAUGGACAUUGCAUGAAUAACAUAAGAAUUGAAUUAUGUAAGAUAAAAUGGAUGGGCCAAGAGGAUCUCUUAGAAGACUACGGUCACAAUUGGCUGAAGAUGGUUGUCCAGAAUCUCAAGUAGUUUUAGCAAAACAAUUAUUGGAAGAAAGAUGUGAUUUAGAUGUGGAUAAAGAAGAAAAUGCAAAAUUGGGAGUAUAUUGGCUUACAAAAGCUUCAGAACAAGGAAAUUUAGAAGCAACAGAUAUACUUAGAAAAUGUUUAGCCACUGGUCGAGGUAUCACACAACAUAAUUAUUAUGAUGUUAAAAGUUGUCUUGAUAUGACUCAAGAUGAAAAAUUAGCCAGAAAAGCAGCAAGAGAAAUGUUCACUAGUCUAUCAAAUGGUGAAGAUUUUAUCACAACAGAGCAACUACAAAGACGUAUGAAAGACAUAGCAUCAAAUUCAUCUAAUUAUAAUUGUUCUUAUUCAAAUAAUGUGUUACACAAUAAUUCACAGAAAGAUAUAAAUGAUAUUUCAACUGAUAAUUUUCCUAAAAAUGGGCUUCCUGAAGACUGUACACCUAAAAAGGAUGAAGAUAAAGAAAGUAAUAACCAUGAUUGGAUGGAUCAUCAAGGGGAGAAAAUUACAGAAGCAGCUCUUGUUUCUGCUGCUGCUAGUUAUGCUCGUGGUAUGCUCCCAAUAGUUUCACAUGCUAUGUGUAUGAUAGAUCGUUCUCAAAUGGCAUUAGAUACUAUACCAUUGUUACAAAGGCCUCUUAUUCAUCCACUUGCUUCCUUGAAACGUUUGUAUAUUUGGUUGAUAGAAACAUUAGGUCAAAGAGGAAUGUCAAUUAAGAAGAUUCUUUUUACAUCAAAUACCCAUAUAUUGUUACUUCUCUUAUUAUAUUCAUUAUUUGGUACAGAAAGUCUUAUACUUUUUAUACCAAUGGCUCUAUAUUAUUUAUCUUUUAUUAUUAUGGUUAUUGCUACUUUUCAAAUGUUACAACGAAAACGUGAAUUUAAUAAUUUUCGUGUUUGGUCUGGCUUAUUCCUCAAUUAUUCCGGUGGAAAUCUAAAUCCCGAUGAAGCAGAAUAUCAAUUUUGCUGUAAUAAUCUUAAACCUUAUGGUCAUUUUUUUCUUGCUUUGCUUGUAAAUUUAAUGACCUAUCCUAUUAUUGCUCAUCAAUGGACACCUCAGUCAGAAUUUACUAUUAUAGCAGUUGCAUUAACAUUAAUAACGUUGUUAAAUUUUAUGUGGAAAGAUUCUUCCAAAUUUCCAGAUUUUUUAGCUCUCUUCAGUUUCGGUGUUCAUGUUUUAGCAAAGUAUCCAUAUGAAACAGAUAUUGUAGUUGCUCAAGGCUGGAGAUUUUUGGAUAUAAGAGUUCCAACAUUUGCUUCAUAUGUUGUUGGUAACGGUAUCGAAUUUUGUUUGAAUUUUCGUGCAGUUUUUUAUCUCCUGAUUCCAGCAGUAUUCGCAAAAAUGGCAGCUCGCGAUAAUUGGCGAGGAACCUAUCAAACUUUGAUACCUCAUUGUGUUACUUUAAGUUGGUGGCAAAUAGCGAUAUUUAGUUCUCAAGGUGCAACAUGGUAUGGCCUAAUUAGAGGUGCUCUUGCAUUAGUUGGUAUGGUUCUUUUUUUACCACUUGCUGGAUUAGCCUCUAUUAUUUUGCCAAUCAUAGCUGCUGCUAAAUAUUUGUCAGAAAGUGAUUUAGCAAUGAGAAUAGGUGUAACUACUUUAUUGGGAGGAAUGCCAUUUCUUGCCUCUUGGUAUUUAAGAAAAACUCGAACUCCCAAACUUAAUUGGAUAAUUACUGUUAUUCAGUUAAUCAUGGGCAUCAGUGCUGGUAUAUUUUUAUCAUGGCCUAUGAUAAUGGAAUUCAAGCAAGAACCAGAUUCAUAUGAAAGCGUUUCAUCACUUUCAUGGGAACAAUAUCAAAAUCAUUGCCAUCAGCCUGCAUGGGAAGAGUUAUCAUCCAAGGCACAGGUGCAAAUUCAAUGUGCUGAUUUAGAAGGAAUAUUAAUUUCAUGGGAAGGUUAUGUAACAAAUAUUAAGUUAAAAUCGAUAAAAAAUAAUAUAGCUGCAAUAUUUAAUAAACUGCCUGAUAGUAUUAGAAAUAUAAUUAGCUGUAUGUAUGGUGAACCAUAUCUAAAUAGUUGCGAUUCGAAUGAUAAAUUAAGACAAGAAAAUUGUAGGCAUUUUGCAAGCAUUCAAAAACGAAGAAACAAAUGUUACUUCCCUUCUUGGAAUCAAUAUGAAUUUGAGAUUUCAGUUAAAAUGAAGAGUGGCAUGUGGGGAAACAAUGCGGAAAUUUUAUUAGUUGCGGAUCAUUCUUUUACUAAUUUUAGUUUAAAUAUAUAUCCAGGUGAUAAAAUUUGGUUUUCCGGUACACUCUUAAAUAAUGGAUUAAAAGAUGAAUCGUUACUCGGUGGAUCUGAGCCUCAUAUUGCAUUAGAAGAAAUUGGUUGUCUUGCAUGUCACUCUAUUGAUUUAAAAUCUUACAAACGUUACAAAUAUCAUAUAACGAUUAGUUCGAUUUUAAGUGAUCUCUAUUUAGGUAUAAAAACUGUCUUGAAUUUUUUGUUGAAUCCUAUCGUAAUGUUUAAAUAAUCGCAUUAUAUGCGAUUAUGAAAUGUACAAUAUCAAAAGUCUUUUGAAUACAAAAAAUAUUCUGAAUUUCCCUUUCAAAAAACUA